AUGGACACAGUUGAAGGAAGCACAACAGAAACGUCGAACGCAACCCUUUUAUUUGAGAAGUUUUUCAUCGAGUUUUACAAGGACUAUUUGGCUCGGCAGCGGCAGGCAGCAGCCCUGAAUAAAACACUGCAGGAGGAAGAUUUUUUAUUUGCUUAUCUGUACAUUCUGGUAAUAUUUGGCAUGUUCACCGUCCUUAUGAUUUCCAUGCUGGCCAGCACGGUGAGGUCAAGGAGACAGGAGCAUAGCGACGAUCCCUACCACACCUACAUCGCCAAUGGCUCAAGGAAAGGCAGGAAGGAAAAGGGUUCCAGCUCAGGCCACCCAAAGUUCUACGUCAACGAAAAUGUGGCCAGGGCUCUUCAGAACAUGUCCGAUCAAGAUGACACCGUGACCGUCCACUAUAAAUGA